CUCGUCCUCGUCCAUCCGAUUUUUGAAAGCCUGACUCAUUGACAAUAUCUGCCAGGAACUUGUAGCAUUUACUGAUUAACAUCGCACUGUACUCUACCUCUUUGUUUCUGAACAGUCCAUUCUCGAACGAACAUCAUGUCGGGAGAAGACAGAAACACAGUCCAGAACGAUGACUUGUCAGAUUCAACUCUUGGGCCCGCAACCAUGUCACUAGAGGAACCAGCGGAUCGUUGGAUUGACCUUCAGUUCUCGUGGGCGGGCAAACCCUUCAACCUGCGAAUAGCCGAAACAGACAGGCACGUCGACGCGGUAUACGAUCUGAAGACAACCCUGAAAGAACUGACCACAGUUCCUAUCGAGCGCCAGAAGAUUCUGGGAUUGGUGAAGGGCAAAUUGCCCCCUGACCAGUGCCUCAUAGGAGAUCUGAACCUUCCUAGCGGGAAGAAAUUCACGCUCGUCGGUACCCCGCAGGGUGAUGAGAUUAAAGAUCCCUCUCAGCUAGGGAACCUUCCCGAUGUUGUCAACGACCUAGAUGUGGACUUCACGGAAAAUCUAGCGGCUGUCAAUCGCUAUCGACACGAUGGUCGGAAUAUCCGCAAAGUCAAGGAGAUGACCGAGAAACUCCAAGUCAACUUGAUCACUCCCCUUCGACCAGGGAAGAAACUUUUGGUGCUCGAUAUUGACUAUACCAUAUUGGAUACAAAGCCUUUGACUUCAGGAAGCUUGCCUCCGGACGAGUGUGCCAGACCUUAUUUACAUGAGUUUCUGGAGGCAGUUUACCCUUACUAUGACAUCUGCAUCUGGUCCCAGACAAGUUGGAUCUGGCUCGAAACCAAAUUAGUCGAGCUCGGGAUGGUCGGAGCCGGCAAGAACUACCAGAUAUCCUUCGUGCUCGAUAAGACCUGCAUGUUCACAGUCUUCACUGAACGAGAAGGGAAGCCUUGGUCCCACCACGUCAAAGCCCUUCAAAUUAUCUGGAACCACUUUCCUCAAUUAUUGUACCCGUCCUCAUUGCCAUUUCUCAGCAACGCGUCCAAUACUGUCCACAUUGACGAUCUAAGUCGUAACUUUGCCUUGAAUCCCAAAGAGGGAAUCAAGAUUUCAGCCUUCAAGAAUGCUCACACCCAAGAAUCAAGGGCAGACCGUGAAUUAGUCAAGCUCACUCGGUAUCUAUUACAUGUCGCCCAUGUCGAUGACUUUCGAACAUUGUCACACAAGGAGUGGAAGAGUGUCGUUAAGAAACUGCCGGCGCCGACGUCAAAUCCGAAUUCUUGA